AUGGAAGAGGUAGUACCCAAGAGAGUCGCGGGCCCGUCUUGCGGCCGGGGCCGGUGUCGGAGCCGGGGUCAGCGGCGACCUCAAGCCUGGGAGAUCUCUGACUCAGAAGGCGAAGGUGCCACCGCUAGGGAGGUUGGCACGCAAGUCUCGAGUACAGUAAGAGAGCACAGGGCUGCGUCCAAGGCGUUACGGGCGGAUCAGGUCCUGAGUCGUCUGACAGUGUGCGUGGAUCCAGCUGUCCUGGAACAUGCAGGCUCCGACAUCCUGAUGGAGGCGCUGGGCUCGCUAGGGUGUGAAUGCCGCAUCGAGCCGCAGCACCAGUCCCGCAGCCUGCAGUGGAGCGUUGCGAGGCCCGACCCAGCCCCCAGCAGUGUGCCUCUGGAGGCACGGGCUGAGAAUGAGCAGGAACAGUUGCUGCUGCUAGACCCUCAGGAGUUUCUUCAGAGCGCCAUGCAGCUGACCCAGAUCACAGGCCCACCUUGCUCCACGCCCUGGCUUUCUCCCGAUAGUUCCACCCGCCCCCGCCUGGCUGUCAUCGGGCUGGAUGCAUAUCUAUGUGGGCUCCACUUGCCCUGGGAGGGCCCUGCAAAAGCAAGAGCAGUAGGAGCCGAAAGAUCACCUCUGUUCCGGUCUCACCAACCCAGCUCUCAGAAGACAUGGCCGUUAAAGAAGUCAAAGGACCCCCAUGCCAACGUGGCCAUCAGCUGGUCUGAGGUGGAAGAGGCCCUGGUGCUGCUCCAGCUCCAGGCAAACCUGGAUGUGCUGCUGGUGGCCUCGUGGCAGGAGCUGAGUCAGUAUGUGUGUGCCUUCACCAAGGCCCUCUCUCAGCGCCCCUCUAAGCAGUACCGAGACUCCCUGGCCUUUUCCUUCUGCACAGCAGGGCACUGGGCCUCAGGCCAGCAAGUGACCAAAGAAGGCUCUGGGCUCCGAGGAGUGUGGUGGCGGCAAAUCAGACAGUUCAAUCGGGUCAGCUCAGCUGUGGCUGAUGCUGUUGUCACCGCCUUCCCCUCCCCCCGCCUUUUGCAACAGGCUCUACUGGACUGCAGCACGGAGCAGGAACGCCUGAGUCUCCUAGCUGACCUCCCUGUGAAGGUCCACCGAGGCAGGCAGCCCCGCAGGGUGGGACCGGACAUCUCACGCCGAAUCUGUGUCUUCCUGACCACCACCAACCCCGACCUCCUGCUGGACCUGAGCUCUUGACCACACCUGUGACAGACACCCUUGGGCUGCCUCCUGCCCAUCAGCAGAAAAGGAUAAGCUGCCCAAGAGACUGAUAGUCACUAAGAGGCAGGAAGGUUUGGGUUCAGCCACCAUACUUUUUUAAGUCUGGGGGAGACGAUUGUUCUCUGGUCAGUUGAAAGCACCAUGGGAGGUGAGGGGGUAAGGGAAGCUGGAGUGAACAGAAGAAUCUGGAGGGUAGUAGGCAGUAAGGGCCCUGGAGUGCCUGGGGUGUCAGCGAGCCCUUAGCCUUGGCCUGGUUGCAGGAAGCCUGGUGGCAGGGCUGAGUACCCAGUUGGGCAAUUCCCACUCCCAUUGUUAUUUGGAAGCUUAGGGUAGAGCCUCAGGAAGUAGUACUAAGAGACCUUCAGAAGAGAUCCAAGCUACUGGACAGACAGACACAGUGGAAGGCAAACCAUAGGCACAGGCAGCUCAGGCCCUACUGAGGACUCAUAAUUUUAAUGUUAUAGCCUAUGGGAAUGAGACAAAAGCCCUUCACAGGGAACCCACUGACAUCUCUGUAAUGGGCAAGAGCUGACAACAUGCAAUUGCAAGUCAGAAAAACCUCAAGGCCCUCUGGGUUGGGAUAGCACAUGUCCUCUUCCCUGGCCUGAGUGUUUCACUGAGUCAGCUAGCAUCCCAGGCGUGUAAUCUAGGUCCAGAAGCGUUUGGGCUGUUGUUCCCAAGACACACAGAACAAACAGGAGUGCUGCCUUCCCACCAGCACAUGCAGUAGAAUGGCCUCCACCCUCCAUGGCCAACAGGGAAGGUUGUCCUGGCUUCAGAGAGAUGGGGACAAGCCUAGACAGACCUGUUUCCCACCCUGCUGCUGCCCUGGAAGGUACAGAAGAUGGUGGUUGCGCUCCAGCUGGAGAAGUCAGCUUCUUCUGCAGCGCUUCCUCUGACAGGGCCUGCUUUCAGGGCUCGUGGCACCAGCUGUGGCUGUGCCAGAAGCAGGUCCAGGGGACUUCCGGCGGUUGCAGUUCAUGCUCAAGACCCAGCCCAGCUUGUUAUGCAGCACUUGCUUAAGGCCAGGGGGCAAGGGCAGGCCCUCGAGGGUGUCCCCUGAGUUUGGCCGCAACUGGCGCAGGCGGUAGCAGCACAGGUACUGCAGGGAGGUGGAGCUGGCACAGGAGCGGAUGACUUUCAUGCUGCUCUUGGCGGCUGUGGAGCACACCAUUGGGUAGAACCUCCGGUUUUGCAGCCGAGUGGCAGCCACUCCUGAAAGGAAGACUUAGCCUGAGUGUCAUAUAGGUCAGAUGCUAGGAAGCUCCUCCCUAAUACACCACGGUGAAGAGCUCAUGCCACUCUGAACAGAAGCCUGGCUCAGCUCUGGCCUGCUAACCCCAGCCUGGCGUCAGCCCUGUCCACCCUUGAGAGCUCCAGAUCACAGACUGCCUGACCCCCACCCUAGAGGCUCCCCUCUCUGCUCUCCAGCGUCAGGGGAGACCUGGUCACGAAGGUACCCUCACCUAUGCACUUCCUGUUCUUGAAGAAGGUCAGUGUCCCAUGCCAGGUGUCCAAGUGUACACCAAUAAUAGAGCCCUGGCCGAAGCGUGAAGAGAAGCUCGUCUUGUCACCUUUAUGAUGGAGGAGCCCUGGGAGCAGUAGAUGGGUAAGCCUGGGAGAGGUCUGUAGCACUGCUAGGCCUAACCACUACCCUGAAAUACCCACCAGUGUAGGAGAGGCCCCAGCUGUCUUCAUCCCUGCCAAGCAGGCUGCAGAACGUGUGGUGGUACUUGUCCAGGUCUACAUCUGAUGUCCCAAUGCCCACCAUCUGCAAACAGGGGGGCUGGGCUGCUUAGGUGUCUAGGGGCAGGGCCCAUGGCAGCUACCCUCUUGCCUGGCCAUUUACCAUGUCAGUGCCAUACACAGGAGAGGUCAUCUUGAUUUCCCAGAAAUGUUGGCCAUCCCCUAGCUCCUUAGUGCCCCGAAUGGCUGCAGUGCCACAGCUAUACUCCAUGUGAAAGCUGACCUUACGAUUAUCACAGCUCAGCAAGGUGGCUGAGGACUUGUUCAGGUCAUCCCAGACCCAAUCAAAAUCUGUAAGACAGAGGGCCCAAACUAGGCAGAGCUGGAGCAAAGCAGUACCUAUUCGUCCCAGAGAACCUGCCCUGCCCAGCCGCCCGGGGAACAGGGCACUCACCCUCAUCCUCCUCACCACAGCGACAGUCCUUGCCACGGUGCGUUGUGUGCAGACUGUUGCAGAAGGUAGCCUCAUUCUGGCCCUCACAGUCACAGAAGGACUCUCCUGUCACAGGCACAGCACUGGGGAUGGAUGGUGGCAGGGAAGAGUACUCAGGGUCAGAGUCUGAGUCGCUGUGCUGGGAGGGAAGGGGCAGAUUGCUCUAUUUAUGGCAGAUUCCCCAUGGCCAGGCUACCUGACCCCUUCUCAUAUCCACCAGAGAAGAAUCCUGGGGUUCUCCAGUGUCCAGCAUAAGCAACCUCAGCACUAAAAUCGACUUCUAACCCUGGAAGAGUGCAGUGAAAUGGGGAGGUGACCUGAGGGUGAUAGCUUCUCACUCAGCUUCUCAAUGGAACUCUGAAACUCAAUAUACAGCUCAGCCCCAUUUUUGCACAGCUAGAAGCCCACAUAAGAUGGGGCUCUCCAGGUCUCCUAAACCAUGGAGCGGAGCUGGUUCUAUCAGCAAGGUCUAGCAUCCAGCUCCUCACAGCCCUAAGACCUAAGCCUUAGGAUGUGUGCUCCUACCCCAUGUAAGGUCACUGAAGGCAAAAGGACCUCACUUGAUGAGUCCUAAUGGACUCAUGCGUCUGCUUCAAGCCCCAGCUGCACCAAACUCCUCCAAAGGUGCAGUCCUUGGGGCUUGAGCUCAGUCCUCAGCCUAGUGGAGGUGUAAACACAGCUGGGCUGGUGGUCAAGUUGCAGCUACUGACACUGUUCCCAUUCAGCUGCUCUGCGGGCCCCUGGGCCCCCAUUCUGAUGCUAGGCUAGCUGGCUCGGCAGUCCCUGAAGCUUUGGCCUCUGCCUCCUUGAGCUGUCUGGCCCUGCCAUGCCCCACACAGUCCACGCCCCUUGUGUAACCUGAGCAUCAUCUACCAUCCACCCUGGAGUUACAUCUGCCCAGCCACAUAGCCAGCCCUGUUGUGGCCACCAGGUGAUCCCUGCAUUCUCUAGAUGGGAGCAGUCAGCCAACAAGAGGAGCCUGGACCACAUCUUUCACCCUAUAUUCUCUUCACAAUACUCAGGUUCUCCACUAUCCUGUCUUCUGCUUGCAAUAUCACCAGCUUGAGGAGGUGCCAAAUCGCAUACCACGUCCCAAGAACCAUCAUGGUGGUUAGACAGUACCACGAACAAGUGAGGAAGUGGCCAGCAACAGACAGCUGAGGGGGGACUAGAAACUGACCUCCACUCCAGGCUGUGUAGUUGGAGUAGUAACUCCACAAGGAGCCAGACAAAGAUAUUUGGUCAACCAACGUGAACUUAGGUUCCUCAGAAGCCAGCCAGAACAGCUAUCUUGCCUAAAGGAAAGGCUUAUACCCAAUAGAGCAGACCUUGUACCCACUGACAAAGAUAGGUUCUCCUAAAGCCAAGGAGUCAGGAUACAAGGUAAAUCUACCUAGGAGACAGGAGGGAGGAUGUUGUUCAACCCAAAAAAGGGCCCAGGGACACCAGGAACUGCCACCUGACUACGCGGCCCUGCAAGCUCAUGACUUGACAGGCAUGUGUGUGUCACUGCUUCCAUCCCUCAGUGAUGGCUGAGACGGGGGCAGGCAUAGAGGCUGCUCCAAGGUACACUGUCAUUAGAUCUAGCUGAAAGUUUGGGCUGACCUCUAAAGCUCUGAUGCCCCCAAGAAGGGCCUGGGACACUGCUGACCAAGUCAGUAAUCUACGGCUUCCAAGUUUUCCUCACAACCUGGUGAGGGACUGUGCUGCAGGGAGCUGUGAUAUCAGAGUAGAGGCAAUGAAGGGCGGAGCCAGAAUACCAGUCCAGUAUAGCAAGACAAAUGAGCCACCCCAGGAGCCUAGUCAUGUGUAUCAUGGUAUCUGCCCUGUGCCUUGCAUUCCUGGGCCUCCCUGUGCCCAGAGUCUGCCACAAAGGAAGUCUUGGAAAUUUGAACUUCAAGAACUACAGAUUAAAAAAAAAAUGUUAAUGACCUGAGUUUGAUCCCAAGGGUAGAAGGAGAGCACUUGACUCCUGUAAGUUGUCCUGGCCCCAUACUCGGCAUAUCACACAUGUGCCCACACAAUAAAUAAAUUGCCUAACUCCAAGGCCA